AUGCAGCUCCAGCUUCCGUAUCGUGAAUUGUUCUCGAGGCCCUCUAUACGAGUUUCUUUAUGUCAGGAUCCUCUCGAGCACCCAGAUGUCCAUUCGUUUGAAUGCCACUGUUGUCCAGACUUUUCAAAAUGCGGCCCUGAUAAUCCGGGGGUGACUCGGACAGAGAAGAUCGUCCCUUCUGUUCUCACGAGCUAUCAAGAGGAAAGCUCAGACCCUCCCCUAGACAAAAACACUAAAGUAUGCAUUAUCGGAGCUGGGGUAGCAGGCCUGUAUCUCGCGCUUAUUUUACAAGAUUUGGAGAUCCCAAAUCUUUCUUGGGAUAUCCUCGAAGCCCAUCGGGAUCGUAUUGGCGGCCGCAUUUAUACCCAUCGCUUCUCUGAGGCCCACAAUGAUUACUAUGAUGUGGGAGCAAUGCGGUUUCCGGAUAUACCCAUCAUGUCUCGGGUAUUUGAUCUCUUUCGCCGAAUGGAAGUUCCAUUGAAGGAAUUCCAUAUGCGAGAGAGAAGCACGAAAACAAAGGGCUGUGAUAACCCCAAGACCAGAGAUAGCCCGUCUGCCAAUCUUCUCGAUCAAUCUUUCGGCCCAUAUAAAAAGGUCAUGCAAAGGGAUUUCGUGCAGGGAUUCCAACUCCUGAUGCAAGCUGAUGCAAUGAGCACCCGCGAAUACCUCCGAGGAAACCGCAACUCCGACUUCACGACAAUCCAGGCUGCCGAGAGCAACACGACCGGCACCGGCACGUUUGACCAAGCCUUUUCAGAGAGCGUCAUGGACUCUUUCGACCUGGAUCAACACUUGACAGAGUCCGAUGAGAGCGGGUCAGGCAUAAAAUGGUAUUCUGUGGAUGGCGGCUCUUCUGUGGUGAUUGAGCGAAUGUGCCACCAAAUCAACAGAAAUAGCACCAUUGAGCUUGGGAAACAAGUUCGUCGCAUUGCUCUCAAUCGGAGCGCUAAUCUGUCGGUAUCAUGUGCAGGCGAGGAGGAGGCUCGCGAAGGGUAUGCGACGGUGUUCAGCACUGCCCCAUUGGCAUGCCUGCAGCGCAUCGACACUGAGUCACUCCACCUUGAUCCUAUUCAAAAGGAGGCAAUUCGGUGUUUGCGGUAUGAAGACUCUACUAAGGUGGGUAUCAAGUUCGCAUACCCGUGGUGGAUCGUAGACUGCGGGCUUCGAGGGGGCGGUAGUGCCUCAUCGACCCUCCCUUCACGGACCUGUGUCUACCCAUCGCAUAUUGCCGAGGAGGACUGGAACCAGCCAGCCGUACUGUUGGCCUCGUACACCUGGGGCCAAGAUGCCACUCGCAUGGGAGCUCUGAUCAGUCCCUCUGAUGGGGACGAUGAUGAUCUUUUAAAUCUUGUCCUCCGCGAUCUCGCCCAGCAACAUCGACAGUAUGGAAUCACAUACGAGAAACUGCAAAGCCUCUACCGGGAUCACCACGCCUUCUGCUGGGGCAAUUCGCGCUUUUCGUCAGGGGCCUUUGCGCUUUUUGCCCCGGGGCAAUUCACCAAUCUCUAUCCUUCCUUGUCCCUCCCAGCAGCCGAUGGCAAGUUCCAUAUUGUAGGGGAGGCCGCUAGUGUCCAUCACGGGUGGGUGAUUGGCUCGUUGAACAGUGCAUAUGCGGCGGUCUAUCGAUUCUUGCUUCGAUAUGGACAGAAACGGGCCAUUCAAAAGCUGGAGAAGAACUGGGGAACUGUGCAUGAGCUGGAUAUUGCGGGAGUUGUUCGCCUUGAUGCAUCAAUUUAA